CCAUUCACCUUGAAAGAAAGCUCCCAGCCAGCCCGUCUCCCGCGCCGCAUCAAACCCAGAGCCCGACUGUACCACCCCCCCAAGCCCGGGAGGGAGGAGUCUGUUUUCCUCCCGCAGAACUCAGUGUAUAACACUCAGCAGCCAGCCACAAUGUGUGUCAGAGGACUGUCUGUGCUCCCAAAGUAGAUGACUGCUCCAAAUCUGGUGUCUGUAUUACUGACUGCGAGAUACGAGAAAAAUUGGUUCGCACAUUAUCAUCCCAAGUCAGGACGAGGUUUGUCGAUUGUGGGAUAGAAUGCCGGCGAUCAUAAGUAAAAACUCCGAUUUGGAGUUUGACUCCUUACAACCGUGUUUCUACCCGGAUGAGGACGACUUCUACUUCUGUGGUCCCGACUCUGCGCCACCGGGGGAGGACAUCUGGAAGAAAUUCGAGUUGUUGCCCACUCCGCCCCUCUCUCCGAGCCGCGCCGCGCUACCGGGGGAGCCGGCGACUGCCUCCCCGGACGUGGACCCUCUCGGUUUCGGCUUGGGGGACCCACUGGACUGGGCUUCCGAGUUGCUGCUCCUGCCCGAGGACGAUAUAUGGGGAGCAUCCGACGAUGUGGACCUGUUCGGCUCCGCUUUGGAUACUAACCCCAACAGCAUCAUUAUCCAGGACUGUAUGUGGAGUGGCUUCUCCGCCAGGGAAAAGCUGGAACGGGUUGUUACGGAGAAACUCGGCAAGGCUAUUUCCACGGCCGCGGCGAGCGGCAGGAACGUGUCCGCCAAGGCGCCGGAGGUGGUGAGCCGCAGCUCCAUGUCAGAGUGCGUGGACCCCGCGGUAGUGUUCCCCUUCCCGGUCAACAAGAAGAACGGCAGCAGGGACUCAUCUGGGACCGUUAACACAUCCACGGUGCACGGGAGCGCGCCCAGUGACUCCGAGGAGGAAGAUGACGAUGAAGAAGAAGAGGAGGAAGAUGAAGAAGAAGAGGAGGAAGAAGAGGAGGACGACGAGGAGGAGGAAGAGGAGGACGAGGAGGAGAUUGACGUGGUCACGGUAGAGAAGAGGCGCUCCACAAUCAGCAAGGCGUCCCCCAUGGCCACAGGCACCGUCACCAUCUCCGUACAUCCCAAGAGCCAAGACGCAAGAGGACAUGUCUCAGGGUCCGGCGUGGUGAGUCGGUUCGUCAGCCGAGCCCCUCAGGAGCUGAUCCUGAAGAGGAGCUCGGUCCACCAGCAGCAACACAACUACGCAGCCCCGUCGCCGUACGCCUCGGACGACGAUCCCACCCCGCCUCCAAAGAAGCAGAAGACGUCAGAUGCCCCCCGCCCCCCCAUCAGGACCAUCUCCUCGUCCUCCUCCUCCUCGUCCUGCAGCUCCGUCACCAGCACGUCAGGGCCGCGCAGCAAGCGCAGCACCAGCGGGGACAGCAGCCCACGCGGCAGCUCCGACUCGGAGGACAGCGAGCGCCGACGCAACCACAACAUCCUGGAGCGCCAGCGCCGCAACGACCUGCGCUCCAGCUUCCUGACGCUGCGCGACCACGUGCCGGAGCUGGCGCACAACGAGAAGGCGGCGAAGGUGCUGAUCCUGAAGAAGGCCACCGAGUACGUGAGUUCGUUAGAGACGGAGGAGAUGAGGCUCCAGCAGGAGAAGGACAGGCUGCAGGCCCGCAGGCAACAGCUGAUGCGCAGGCUGGAGCAGGCCAGGACUCGCUAACAGACAACCGCUACAACACAGAAACACUCACAUAUACCCUGGAUGACCUCCCCCCCACUACACACACUCAGUCUGAAUCACAAUUCGAUGCGAACACAGGCCUCUACACUCACGCACAGGCCUGCAUAUCUGCUUAAACAUCUUAGAGGACGUUCAUCUGCAGAUGCCGACACACAAACACACCUGGAGGGGACGACGGCGGUGGCGGGGGGGAGGCUGUCGCCGGAGGGACGCUCGGACUUUCACUGCCGCCACUUUUUUUGCACAUUUGUUGACGUUAAGAAUGUUUAGGGUUUACUUUUUCAAUCCAGUCACAUUGAGGAAAAAGAUGAAAAGAGCGAGGAAGGAGAGAGGACACACUUUUUUUUUUUGGUCUUCCCUUCCU